AGUACGAAGGAGAACUGUUUAAUAACAUUAAUAACAAUCAAAUUUGCCAAUUUGCGCAAUUGAAAGAAGUAAAUUUACGGAAAUUUGUGACGUAUUUAAAGUCAGAUCCUGUGGUCAGAUCGUUAGUGCCUCCAAUCUGAAUAUUAAGGAACAUCAAGUAAUAAAACUCCAGUUACCUUUAAUGAACCACUAUUGUUGCUUGUUUGUUUUUUGGUAUUCUCCGUAAUAUCAAUUUAGUGCAUACUCAUAAGAUGGGCCGUAAAUGUGGAGUUGAAGGCUGCCUAUCGGAAUCCAGCCGACCAGAAGAUACUGGGGUAACAUUUCACAAAGUUCCUAUGCACAGUGACAUUCGUCCGAAAUGGAUAUCACUAUGUCGAAUACCUGAAGAUAAACAGACCAUGAAGGUUAUAUACAUUUGUUCAAGACAUUUUCUACGAAUGGAUUUCUGUAACUUUAAAGGAAAAAAGUAUAUGUUAAGACAGGGAGUACUUCCAAGUGUUUUUCCAUGGGAUAAAUCAAAAUUGGAAGCUAUUAAAAGCACUAGCAAAAGUGAAACUGAAAAACCGCUGAUUAAACCAGAGAUUGACAUUGAAGAUAAAGGAAAUAUUAAGAGUGCAGUUCUUGUUAAAGAAGAUUCAGUGGAGAUUAAGGAAGAGGUUUUAGAUGCAUCAGCUAUGAAAGAUGAACAUGAAGAAGUAAAAGAAAAAAUCAAAACAAAUGCAAAUGGUCCUAUAAAUUUUGCCAUAAAUUCGCGAAUAGAAGCUUUAGAUAAUAACAAUACAUGGUAUCCAGCUCGAAUAGUUGAGGAAGAUUAUGAAGAAAACGAGGUUCUAAUUCACUUCGAGAAGUCGUCUAGUAAACAUGAUGAGUGGAUCUGUAUGGAUAGUCCAAGACUAAGACCACUUCAGUCAGCAAGUACAACAGCAUCAACUAAUGCAGCAGGCACACAAUGUUCUUCUAAAAAAAAUCAGAUCGUAGAAGAAUACACAGUUGGUGAGAGGUGUCUGGCGUCAUGGAGCGACGCUAGAAAAUUUCCAGCCACAGUAACAAAAGUUCUAGACAAUGAUACAUAUGAAGUUUUAUUUGAUGAUGGAUUUGUUAAAAAUUUGAAAGCCCAUCGAAUGUGUAAAGCUGAAGGUCGCCCAAUGCAGUCAUCACCGUUGUUUGAUCCUAUCCAAAGCACUAAACAAGAACGAAGAGAGAAAAAGAGAAAAAUCAACAUUGCAGCAUUGUUUGGUAAACGACAACGUUUGGACAAUCCAGAUGAGAAGCCAAAAGCGCAGAGUUCCUCAACUCAUCAUCAGCCGCCACCAGUAGCAAUAGUUAAUACAAAUGAAGUCUUUGAACCUUGGGUACCACAGUGGGAUGGAGGGAAACCAGUUGGAGUAGAAUCAUCAAUAGAUGCUCAUGAUGGAACAAGAAAAUCAAUUAUUGUUCCAGAUCCCAGGUUGCCUGAAGGCUGGACGAAACAUUUAGCUCAAAGAACACAUGGUGCUUCUGCAGGAAAGUGGGAUACCAUUAUUGUCAGUCCAGAUAAUCGAAGAUUUCGGUCCCGAGCAGAAGUUAAAUCAUAUUUAGAAGAAACAAAAUUGAUGAAGUAUAAUUGGUCAAUGUUUGACUUCAGUAUACAUAGACACCGAAACAGGAAAAAGGAAUUUGAAGUAGAACCACCACGUGUUUUACCAGAAACUUCCGCAGAAACAUUUGAACCAGAAGAAAACUUGGAAAUAGCAACUGAAGAGGAAGAAAACAAGAAUUGCCUUAAAAUACCGAUUGUUGACGAUGCCUAUCGUUGUCCCAUCGAAGGGUGUGGGAAAACGUAUCGCAAGGAAAAUUUAGCACAAAUGCAUGUUAAACAUUACCAUCCCGAGUACACGAAAUUUUUAGAUUCCACACCGAAUGUUGCUGAUUUAGCUUACGCGAGAACUGUUGGUGAAUCACUCGAUAAAUCGCCCGGUGCCAAACCACCGGUAGCCAAACCUGCGCAGAAAACCACAACUUUGAGAUCGUCAACAAAACUAGCUCACUCACCUCAACUAGAACCUGAAACCAAACCGCAGUCGCCGUUACCGCUGAAAAACAAAGAUUCUGAAAUAAUUAAAUUGUUGAAUACCAAACCAUUUGAUGGCAAGAAGGAGGCUGAUCCAAUUACGCCUCUGCCUGCAGGUUUGCCAUCUAACAUGUACCCUGAUAUUAAACUGAAAGAUCUUCUUAAUAAAUCCGAAGGAAUUCCCAAUCGCGAUGAUCUUAAUUUGAGGGCUUUAAGUAGCACUAGACCUCCAACAGGCAUAAAGACUCUUCUACCUGUUGUAAGACCGGAAAAGAAAGAAAACCAGCCGUUGCCAGAAAUUGAUGGAGUUGGUAGUAGAAUAAGAACAAGUUUGAAGCGUAAGCGGGGAUUGAUCGACUCUGUCGACAGUCCUAAAGGUAAUGAACCACGCGAAAACACGUACAUUCCACCGGAAACACCACCACUUUCUGAACCUAAUAAUAUUAUUAUUGAAGGUGGUCAGGUGAUCAAAAUUGUGAGAAUGAAACAAGAAGAGAUUAUUAACUGCACUUGCGGUUAUACUGAAGAAGAUGGUCUUAUGAUUCAGUGCGACUUAUGUUUAUGUUGGCAGCAUGCAUUCUGCAAUAACAUCGAACGCGAAAGCCAGGUCCCCGAGAAAUACGUCUGCUACAUUUGUCAAAAUCCGGCUAGGCAGAGAAUGUCAAAGAAAUACUUCCACGACCAAGACUGGUUGAAACAUGGUAUUCUAGCUACUACUAAUUUUCAUAGUAAAGAUGAAGAAUCGCUGGCUAGAAGAUUCGAAAAGUUGAAGAAAUCUCAUGACAUUUCUGGGGGGCUGCUGGAAAUAAGAGAAUUCGUAAACUCGUUAAAGGUUAAAUUAAAAAUUGCCGAGACCAAGAACCACCCUAAGCUGUACUUGUGGUCUAAACCUUGGGAAAAAUUGCCGCUGCCGGAAAAAAUGAGUUUACAAGAUGAAGAAACCAAGUCAAAUAUUGAACAGUGUGAAGAAGACGUAAAAAAUGAGAACCCGGUGAAGGCAGAAAAUCCUGAUUCCAUGUUGAUGAUGAUUUUGAAAAGUACCAAAGAAGACGUAGAUGAUAAUUUCAAUGGCUUGCAGGCUCCUAUUGUCCCACAACCAGAAGCAGCAAUUGACUCUGCCGAUUGUCGGUUAAAUUUGUUGGAACAUAUCGCUCAUUCGCAGUCUUUAGUGGAGGAAAGGCUUGAUGAUUUUGAAAAACAAAUUGAAGAUCUUGAAGAUGCUUCCUUUUAUGAAGACGAUAAAGACUAUCCACGUACUAGGCAAACAUUAAAUAUGUUACUUAGAGAUUUAAACACGUUGCAAGAACUAAGUCAACUAACUACGUUGUGAUUAUUUUUAAAGUUAUUUAUUGUUAGGUUCGUUCUUAAAGUACAUGCUUGUCAUGGUGCAUAAAUGUUACACAUUAUAAAACUAUGUACAGUUAACAUAUUAAAGUGUUAAUUCCUU